AUGACGAGCAUUGCAAGCUUGGUGAAUGCCUUGGACGGGCCGGUUGCUGGUGGAGAUGGUUCCUCGUGGCUUGGACAAGGAAACCCGAGCAACACCACGUUGGACUCGGACAACAACCAGAUGGAGAACCUCGGUCCUCUCGACAAUUCCAUUUCGGGCGACCGCGGCAUCGUUCGGUGGACAAUUUUCCAGGACAACGAUUUGGGGUUGCAGCAGCUGCCAGUUGUGGAACCCGAUGAGGCCUCGCAAGACUCAGCGGCGGCCCAGAAGGCUCGCGGCAUGUUUGAGGCUCGUCGGCGGCAAUGGCACGUCUUAAACCUAAUCCGACUACAUCUCAUCUCCGCUGAGUAA